AUGAGCUCAGAUUAUUCAAUUCCAGCCCAUCUCGCACCUUCACCUUAUACCGGUGCUGGAGGCUCUUCUACUGCUGCUUCUUCAAAUAUUCUCUCUGCUUCUUCUUCUUCUACUACUUCUCCUUCUUCUCCUGAACGCUCAAGACCACUUCCCACAAACCCAUAUUCUUCAUCUUCUACCAGCAAUGGUAACACCAACAGAAUCAACAAAAUCAACAAUAACGACACCACUUUCCAAAUCAUUGAUGAAGAAAAGAAAUUCAACCCCCAUCUAUUAGAAUACUUCCGCCAAGCUGCCAUUGACAAAUGUGGCCUUAAUUAUCACAUUGUAUCUGUCUUUGGAUCCCAGUCUACAGGCAAAUCAACUCUUCUCAAUGCCCUCUUUGGUACCCGCUUUGACGUCAUGAAUGAAAUUCAACGACAACAAACAACAAAGGGUAUCUGGAUGGCUGCAGCUACAAACAUAUCCUCUCAACCAAUCUUCUCUUCUUCUUCCUCUCUCGCCUCUCCAUCUUCUUCCUCUUCAUCUCUUUCCUCAUCUCCAAACUUAUUAAUAAUGGACGUGGAGGGUACAGAUGGUCGUGAGCGUGGUGAAGAUCAAGACUUUGAACGCAAGUCUGCCCUCUUUGCCCUCGCCACUUCGGAAAUCCUCAUUGUCAACAUGUGGGAAAAUCAAGUCGGCCUUUACCAAGGUGCAAACAUGGCCCUUCUCAAAACCGUCUUUGAAGUCAACCUAGCCCUUUUCAACGCUUCUGCAAAGGCUAGCCGAUCUCUCAUCCUCUUUGUCAUUAGAGAUCACAUUGGUACCACUCCACUCGCAAACCUUCGUGCUACUGUCAUCGCUGACCUCAAGAGAAUUUGGGAAUCUCUCUCAAAACCUCCUACUGCUGCUCACUCCUCUAUUGAAGAUUUUUUUGAUCUCCAGUUUUGCGCUCUCCCACACAAAAUCCUCAUGGCUGAACAGUUUGCUGCUCAGACCGCUGCUCUCUCUCAACAAUUCACUCAACCACAGGCCCCAGGAUACCUCUUCAAACCAGAAUACCACCGUGGCGUUCCUCUCGACGGCUGGCCAAUGUACACGGAGCAGAUUUGGGAACAAAUUGAACAAAACAAGGACCUCGACUUGCCCACACAGCAAACCCUUGUUGCCCGCUUCCGCUGUGAGGAAAUCGCCUCCCAAGCUUGGCAGCAGUUUGAGUCUGGUCUCUUAGAAGCCCAACACGAGUCAAAUAACGCUCUCGGAGGUCCUGCAGUGGUGGAGGACUUUGGGGGUAUUAUCUCAAACAUUCGCGGCGGUACCAUGGAGCUCUACGAUUCGCUGGCUUCACGUUACACAAAGGCUGUGUACAUUGCAAAGCGUGAAGACCUUCAGUCUAAGAUUGACACCCGUCUCAGCAACCUCUACAAGGCUCAGCUUAUUGCUCUUCAUAAAAAUGCCGUUAAUGUUUUCAAGUCUCUCAUCAAGGCUGCCUCUUCUAAGCAGCACCAUGCUUCCUCUAUCCCCUUUAUCGAAAUCCUCCGCCGUGGUCGUACUACUGCUAUCGAAGGCUUUGUUUCUGGAGCUCGCAAGUCAUCUGUUGAUGCUAGUGUUUUCACCUACAAUGACGAGCUCGCUGCUCUUGAGCAGGAACUUGCUACCAUUGAGGAAUCUGCCAAAGCAACCGAAAUUAAGCGCAUCUCUAACGUUGCCCACAAAAAAAUUACCAAAUCUUUUGGCACCGAUCUCGAAUCAUACUUUAUCGAGCCCACUCAAGACACUUGGGACAAGGUUCUUGUUUACUUUAACAAUACCGUAAUGUUUGCCCUUUCUGCGGUUGCAAAGCGUCAACCAGACUCAGAUACAUAUGACUUUGGUGUUGGCGGGAACGCUGAAGAAAAUGCGCGUGGUGUGCGUGAAAUUCGCCGUAGCGCUUGGAUUGCUCUCGACCAUCAACUCAAGCAAGUGACACGUGAUGACAAUGUGCUUUUCCGUCUGCGCGAGCGCUUUGAGGACCUCUUCAAAUACGACUCGUCUGGCGUCCCCAUUGUUUGGAAAGCUGGCGACAAUAUCGAAGGACCAUACCUUUCAGCUCGCGAUGAUACCCUUAAACUGUUGCCCAUAUUUGCCACAGCUCGCCUGAAAAACGGCACUCUUGUUGUCCCUGAUGUUGACUCAGACAAGGUGAUUGAUCUCACAGAUGAUGAUGACAACCAUCAUAGUGGGAAAUACGAGGAUGAUGACGACAGCUCUGCUCUUGAUGCAGAUACCUUCCCAUACCGCAUUUCAUCUUCCAAAGAACAGGACCUUAGCAAGCGCUUCAAGAAACAAGCGGACGCUGCCUUUGUGGAGGCCAAGCGUUCCACAACCCAACUCGCAAAGCAAGUUCCUCUUUACAUGAUUGUUCUGCUUGUUGUUUUGGGUUGGAACGAGUUUAUGGCAGUGCUGCGCAACCCUAUUUUUUUCCUGCUGCUGCUGCUUGGAGGUGCCGGCCUUUACGUUACAUACUCGCUCAACAUGUGGGGACCUAUUUUGAGUGUUACUAACGCCAUGGUCGACCGUACUAUCGAGGUUGGAAAGCAACGUCUGCGCGAGGUCUUGGAGAUUCCCGAGGGAUCUAACGUUGAGUUGCGUAGCCAACGACAACAACGAAGAAAUGUCGAGGAGAUUCCACUUCAGGAAAUCAAAAGUUCAAAUCGCACCGACGAUGAGUAA